CACGCCUGGCCGGGCCAUCAUUUCCCCGCGCUGCCGCGGCGCCGACUGGCGGACAGCCGCCCCUCGGUGGGCCCAACCAAGUCCCGGAGCGCGGGAGCCGGGAGCAUGAGCGCGGGCUCGGAGCGCCGGGCGGCGGCGGCCCCCGGGGUGGUGCCGGCGCCCUGCGCCUCGAAGGUGGAGCUGCGGCUGAGCUGCCGGCACCUGCUGGACCGCGACCCGCUCACCAAGUCCGACCCGAGCGUGGUGCUGCUGCUGCAAUCGCAAGGCCAGUGGGUGCAGGUGGGCAGAACCGAGGUGGUCCGGAGCAGCCUGCACCCGGUCUUCUCCAAGGUCUUCACGCUUGACUACUACUUCGAGGAGGUGCAGAAGCUGCGCUUUGAGGUCUACGACACCCAUGGGCCCAGCAGCCUGAGCUGCCAAGAGGAUGACUUCCUGGGGGGCAUGGAAUGCACUUUGGGGCAGAUAGUGGCCCAGAAGAAGGUGACCCGGGCACUGCUGCUGAAGUUCGGCAGGAACGCGGGCAAGUCCACCAUCACGGUGAUAGCCGAGGACAUUUCCGGGAACAACGGCUACGUGGAGCUCUCCUUCAGGGCCAGGAAACUGGACGACAAGGACCUCUUCAGCAAGUCAGACCCCUUCCUGGAGUUAUACCGGAUGAAUGAUGAUCAGAGUGAGCAACUGGUGUACAGGACAGAGGUGGUGAAGAACGACCUGAGCCCUACCUGGCAACCUUUCAAGGUGUCUCUGAACAGCCUGUGCAGCUGUGAGGAGUCCCGGCCUCUCAAGGGCCUCGUUUGGGAUUACGACUCCCGCGGAAAGCACGACUUCAUCGGAGAAUUCUCCACCACCUUCGAGGAGAUGCAGAAAGCCUUCCGGGAGGACCAGGCCCAGUGGGACUGUGUGAACUCCAAGUAUAAGCAGAAGAAGCGCAAUUACAAGAAUUCUGGGGUGGUCAUCCUGGCAGACCUGAAGCUCUACAGGGUGUACUCGUUCCUGGACUACGUCAUGGGCGGCUGCCAGAUCCACUUCACGGUGGCCAUUGACUUCACGGCCUCCAACGGGGACCCCAGGAACAGCUGCUCCCUGCACUACAUCAACCCCUUCCAGCCCAACGAGUACCUGCAGGCCCUGGUGGCCGUGGGAGAGAUCUGCCAGGACUAUGACAGCGACAAGAGGCUCUCUGCUUUGGGCUUUGGAGCCCGGAUCCCUCCCAAGUACGAGGUGUCCCAUGACUUUGCCAUCAAUUUCAACCCCGAGGAUGAUGAGUGCGAAGGGAUCCAGGGUGUGGUGGAGGCCUACCAGAACUGCCUGCCUAGGGUCCAGCUCUACGGCCCCACCAACGUGGCGCCCAUCAUCUCCAAGGUGGCCCGCACAGCCGCGGCCGAGGAGCGCACGCGUGAGGCCUCUCAAUACUACAUUCUGCUGAUCCUGACGGACGGCGUGGUGACUGACAUGGCGGACACACGUGAGGCCAUCGUGCGCGCCUCCCACCUGCCCAUGUCCAUCAUCAUUGUUGGGGUGGGCAAUGCCGACUUCACCGACAUGCAGGUGCUAGACGGUGACGAUGGUGUCCUGCGCUCCCCACGCGGCGAGCCCGCCCUCCGCGACAUCGUGCAGUUCGUGCCCUUUCGGGAGCUCAAGAGCGCGUCCCCCGCGGCAUUGGCCAAGAGUGUGCUGGCCGAGGUGCCCAGGCAGCUGGUGGAAUACUACAGCCACAAGGAGCUGCCUCCGAGAGACCUCGGUGCCCACGCCUGAGAAGCCAGCUUGGGCUCUGCUCUCUGAGGACCCAUGGGGUGGCCAGGAUUGUGUCCACCGUCUGCCUCCAGCAUCCUCCACCCGACUCCCCAGGGGCCUCCCAUCUUGCAGCCCAGGCCCACCCUCAGCUCCUGUGACCCUGCUGCCUGGUGGACCAGCCCCCAGGCUGAAGGGUGAAGAGGUCCCAGGGGCACACCUAACCCUACCCCAGCCUGGUGGGUGGGGAGGGGGCUGGGGGACAGCUCCUUUGCUUCUGAUCUUCACUGGGGAGAGUGAGCAGGCAGUGCCCUGUCUCUGAGAAAACCCUGGUCCCCCAGACACCUGUCCCUGCAGCCAGAUUCCUCCUGGUCCCAGCUGCAUCUGCCCUUGUCUCUCUGUCUGUGGGGUCUGCGGGGGUGGGGGAGGGGACUUAGGCAGAAUAAAGUGUCUUGUCCUUGCA